AUGUGGUUGUUGUUGUAUCGAAGGAAGUGUUUGCCUCUGUCUUUGUUUUUUCUUUGUUUAUACCCCCGUCACCUCUACAGAAGAAUUUAUGCAUGCAUGCAUGCAUGCAUGCAGCAGCAGCAGCAGCAGCAACAGCAGCAGCAAAGACAGCAGCAAAGACAGCAGCAGCAGCAGCAGCAAAAACAGCAGCAACAGCAGCAGCAACAGCAGCAAAGACAGCAGCAGCAACAGCAGCAGCAACAGCAGCAGCAACAGCAGCAAAGACAGCAAAUAUAA